AUGAAAGCUCGAGGCAUACCAGAAAGUCUGAUCCGGUGGAUCGAGGCCUUCUGCUCGGAACGAACAGCGACCAUCCAAAUCAAUGGGCAAGGGUCCGAGGUACAAAGCCUCCCACAGGCAGGACUACCGCAGGGCUCUCCCCUAUCGCCGAUCCUGUUCCUUUUCUUUAACGCAGACCUCGUGCAACGACAGAUCGACAGCCGCGGCGGAGCGAUUGCUUUCGUGGAUGACUUCACCGCGUGGGUGACCGGGCCAACUGCGCAGAGCAACCGGGAAGGUAUUAAGGCAAUUAUUAAUGAAGCUCUUGACUGGGAGAGGAGGAGUGGAGCGACGUUCGAAGCGGACAAAACUGCCAUCAUACACUUCACCCCCAAAGCACACAAAUCAGAACAGGAGCCUUUCACCAUCAAGGGACAAACCGUUGAACCCAAAGACCACGUCAAGAUCCUUGGAGUGCUGAUGGAUACUAGACUUAAAUACAAGGCACACAUAGCCAGGGCAGCGUCCAAGGGCCUAGAAGCAGCAAUGGAGCUCAAACGACUCAAAGGCUUAUCUCCCUCAACAGCGCGGCAGUUGUUCACGUCAACUGUUGCCCCAGUGGUGGACUAUGCCUCUAAUGUCUGGAUGCACGCUUUUAAUGAUAAGGCCAGCGGGCCCAUUAACCGGGUUCAACGGUUUGGAGCUCAAGCUAUAGUGGGAACUUUCCUCACCUUUGCAACCAGUGUGGCGGAAGCAGAGGCUCACAUUUCCUCGGCGCAAAGCCGGUUCUGGAUACGGGCAGUGAAGAUGUGGACGGACAUCCACACCCUACCAGAAACCAACCCACUCCGCAGAAAUACGGAUCGUAUCAGGAAAUUCCGAAGAUUCCACCGCUCGCCGUUAUACCAGGUGGCAGAUGUGCUGAAAAACAUCGAGAUGGAAACACUGGAAACCAUCAAUCCAUUCACAUUAGCACCAUGGGAGGAACGACUGCAGACCGAUAUUGGAGGAACCUCAGAGUCACCAGCAGAAGCCGGCGGAUCUAUGCAGAUCGCAGUCAGCAGCUCGGCACGGAAUGAGGUAGUGGGAUUUGGCGGAGUGAUUCAAAAGCAGCCGCCCAAGUACAAGAAGCCAAGACUAAAGACCUUCUCCAUCACACUUGGCGCAAGAUCGGAGCAGAACCCAUACUCGGGAGAGCUGGCAGCAAUGGCACACGCAUUGAAGACGCUACCAGUACUGAAACUGUACAGAAUCACGCUGCUAACGAGUAACAAAGCGGCCGCACUCACACUGGGGAACCCGCGACAACAGUCGGGCCAGGAGCACGUUUGCCUGAUAUACAAGCUAAUCAGAAGACUGCGGAAAAAUGGAAACAGGAUCACAAUCCGCUGGGUCUCCACAAGUGAGGAUAACAAACUGUUAGGCCUCGCUAAAGUGCAAGCCAGAGCGGCGACCCAAGAGGACCCCAUGCCAUACAUACAGCUCUCCAGGAUGAAGUCAACCACUCUCAACAUCGCACGAUCCCAACAAGACACCAGCAAAGGCCUGCCCGAGAAAGUAGGCAGACACGUGAAAAGGGUCGACGCGGCCCUCCCAGGCAAGCACACUCGACAGCUUUAUGAUCGAUUACCAUGGAAAGAAGCGAGCGUGCUGGCCCAGCUCCGGACGGGCAUGGCAAGAUUAAACGGAUACCUCUACCGAAUCAACGUUGCGGAAACCGAUCAGUGUGAAUGUGGACAAGCAAGAGAGACGGUAGAGCACUUUCUCUUUCGAUGUCGGAGAUGGACGACACAUCGGACAGAAAUGCUGCAAUGCACCAACACACACCGAGGCAACAUAUCCUUCUAUUUGGGCGGGAAUUCGCCCUCAGAUAUUCAAUACUGGAUUCCAAACUUAGAAGUGGUACGGGCGUCAAUACGGUUUGCAAUCGCCACCAGCCGACUCGACGCCGCUUAACCUUAUAGUCGAACACAAAUCACCCACUCCUCCCAACCUAACUCACACCAACCACCUCGUGGCAGACACGGUAGGCGCGCUUCAACUGCCGAAGAUGGGAUGUUGAACACUUGGAGAAGCGCCUUCAAGACAGCCUACUAACAAAACUACUAACCCACGAGAAUCUCCUACGAUCCUGAUAGACGGCAUGACAUAUGUUAAAGGUUAAAUUGUAUGGGCUAGAAGGAGACAUGGCACCUGAUAGGAAAUGUACUAGUAUAUUAGUGAUAGUUGCCCUUUCGGCUCAGCCGCCGGGCGUU